GGAAUAUACAAGCCCUACUUCAGUUCGAAUUCGAAGCAUGCGUGAUAGUAACCAGUGUGAGCAGUGACGUUCCUAUUAUAAAAAUUCUUCAAGUAAGAGUUCAGAAGGCGUUAGCCAAGCUUACAGUCAGUUUGCCGCUACUAUUCGCACGAAAUAAACGAAGAUAGAAUCAAUUAUCAAAAGAAUGGAUUCUGCGUCGGAAACUUUUUAAAUUAUCAAAUACAUAUAGUCAUCAAAUAUAAUCAUCAAAUACAUCAGUGUAAAGUGAAUCAUGAAUUCAAAUAUAAACAUGUUUGAAAAUGGAGAAGAGAAGAACGAUAUUACAAAAUAUAAAUCGUAUAAUAUCGAAGUCUCGAAACAUUUGAGACAUUUUAAGAAAUUGGAACCGUUGGAUAUUGAAUUCAAUGAUAUAACUUACAGCGUGCCGACAGGAAGAAAAGAAUCUAAAGUAAUAUUAAAAGGAAUUAGUGGUCAAUUUAAAUCCGGCGAGUUGACUGCUAUUUUGGGUGCUUCCGGAUCGGGAAAGUCAACUUUGUUAAACAUUCUUGCUGGAUAUAAAUUUCAAGGAGUCACUGGUUCGAUAAAUAUUAAUGGACAACCAAGAGAUGUUAAUGAAUUUAUAAAAGCCUCUUGUUAUAUUAUGCAAAAUGAUUUAAUUCAACCGAAGCUUACUACCUAUGAAGCAAUAUGCUUUGCCAUUGAUCUGAAAUUAGGUUCGAAAUUGACGAAAACAGAGAAAUCGGCAGCAAUAAAAGAAAUUAUGGAAAUAUUGAGACUGAUCAAAGCAAAAAAUACAGUCUCUGAAGAGCUUUCUGGUGGAGAAAGGAAAAGAUUAUCGAUCGCUUUGGAAUUAGUUAACAAUCCACCUGUAAUAUUUCUCGACGAACCCACUACAGGUCUCGACGAGGUAUCCUCGAUACAAUGCAUCUUACUUCUUCAAAAAUUAGCAAAACGUUUAAUGAGAACCGUGGUAUGUUCGAUUCACACACCAAGUGCAUCGAUUUUUUCUAAAUUUGAUAACAUUUACGUUAUGCAAAAUGGACAAUGCGUUUAUAGAGGACCUUCCAAUAAUGUGGUACCAUUUCUUCAACAAAUUGGAAUUGGAUGCCCGAUUCAUUAUAAUCCAGCCGAUUUCAUUCUUGAAGUUUCGACAGGAGAAUACGGACAAGAAUAUGUCGAACGAAUGAUCACUUACGUAAAUAAAAAAUUACCAAUCUUAUCGAUAACACGAUCUAUUAAAGAAUUCGAACUCGAAAGAAAACAUUCUAGAAUUUCAUGGUACGAACAAUUCGUCACGUUAUUUAAAAGGAUGAUGCUGCAGUUGUACAGAGACAGAAGAUAUGUAUAUUUUAAGAUAUCUUUACAUAUCUUUACGGGUAUCAUGAAUGGUCUAAUAUUUCUAAACAUUGGCAAUGAUGGUUCAAAAACUCUCUUCAACUUUGGUUUCUGCUUUAUUUGUUUGAUAGUAUUUCUUUACAUACCGAUGCUACCAAUAUUAUUACAUUUUCCUUCUGAGGUCCUUCUAAUCAAGAGAGAACAUUUCAACAGAUGGUACAACCUCAGUUCUUAUUAUUGUGCUCUUUCUCUAUCUUAUAUUCCUGUACAGUUUUUUACAACAUUGAUAUAUGUCGCAAUGGUUUAUACAAUCACUGGACAACCUCUCGAGUUACCUAGGAUAAGCAAAUUUUUUUCUAUUUGCCUCAUUUGUGCUUUCAUUGCUGAAAGUUUAGCUCUAUCUGUUGCCUCUAUAUUGAACAUGGAGAAUAGUAUGUUCAUUGGGCCAACUAUAGCAGCUCCUUUAAUGUUACUCGCUGUACAAGGCAUGGGAGAUUCCGAACCACUACCUAUUUAUCGUACAGUAAUAAUGUAUUCAAGUUAUUUAAGAUAUGGAUUGGAAGGCCUCAUUGUAGCAACUUAUGGGUAUAACAGAGAAAAAUUGCCAUGUCCAAUAGAAGAAGUUUAUUGUCAUUACAGUUCACCAAGAGAAUUAUUGCGAACAAUGAGAAUGGAGCAUACUGUUUUUUGGAUAGAUAUUAUGGUCCUCAUUUUUAUUCUUAUUAUUAUGAAAGCACUUACAUUUUAUUUAUUGAGACAACGAUUGCAACCAAAUAAAACUUUCCAAACUCUUCAUCUCAUUGGGCAGAUAAUAAAGAAUCGUCUUAAUAGUCCCUGACUAGUUAAUUUAAUGAAAUUAAAAUGAAAGUUUA